UGGCGGACAAGAUGGAGUUAAAAUUCUUGUUUAUAUUUAUUUGCCUUCCUUGUACGACUCAGGGAUAUUUUAUAACCGUAGAGGCUCAUGAAGAACAGUGUUUUUAUGAUAAAGUCACUUCUGGAACUAAAAUGGGUUUGUUAUUUGAAGUUGCUGAGGGAGGAUUUAGAGAUAUAGACGUCACGAUAAUAGGUCCUGACCAGAAAGUUAUCUAUAAUGGAGAGAAAGAAAGCAGUGGAAAGUACACUUUUGCUGCAUAUACAGAUGGCAUGUAUAGGUAUUGCUUUAGUAACAGAGUCUCAACAAUGGACCGCAAGUUGUUGAAAUUUAACAUGGAAGUGGGUGACCCUCCUAAAGACCAACUGAAGAAGAAUGAUGAGCACCAUGAUAAAUUAAAUGGUAUGAUCCAAGAACUAUCAGCAGUUCUUGGUGGUGUGAAACAUGAGCAAGAAUAUAUGGAAAUAAGAGACAAAGUUCAUAGAGCAAUCAAUGAUAACACAAACAGUCGUGUUGUAUGGUGGUCAUUCUUUGAGUCGCUUGUUCUUGUUGCCAUGACAGUUGGACAAGUUUACUAUCUUAAACGAUUCUUUGAGGUCAAGCGUGUUAUUUAAGUGAAUAUAGUUAGCAUUUGUGUACAGAGUAGAAAAAACAAAUAUAAAAAGGGUUUGGUGGACUCUUUGGUCUUAAAUUCUUGUCAAUGCAUUUUUUGUAAAAUAUGCAAUUACUAUACAAGAGAUAAGCUUCAAAGCAGAGCAUGAUGAUUCAGCCUUAUAAUUGCAUUUCUUUGUGUUACCGCCUGCUACAUCAACUAAUGUUGUUCAUUAGCAGCUCUCUAUGUAAAUUUUCUUUUCGUGGAAUUGUUUAUUUUCAUUCCAAUAA